AUGAGAGAAAUCAUUUCUUUACAUAUUGGUCAAGCUGGUCUUUAAAUAGGAAAUUCCCUUUGGGAGUUAUUCUGUUUAGAACAUAGUAUUCAACCUGAUGGGACUGUUCCAACAGAUCGAAUAUUAGAAGGUCUAAAUUCUAAUAUUGAUUCGCUCUUUUCAUUAUCGUAAUAUGGGAGAUACGUUCCAAGAGCUAUUUUCUUUGAUGAGGAUCCAACCACGAUAAAUGCCAUAAAAAAUGGACCAAGUAGAGGAUUAUUUAAUCGUUCCUAUAUACAUUAAUGCCAAGUGGAAUCAGGAGGAUGUUGGGCAAGAAGCUUUGGAACAAUUAUGAAUAAAGAAGGUGAAGAAAAAAUAGCUGAUAAAAUAAGAAAACAAGUUGAGAGUUGUGAUGGCCUUUAAGGAAUUAUGCUUUACCAUUCAAUUGGAGGAGGAUUCGGUGGAGGUUUUACAUCUAAAAUUUUGGAUCUGCUCUCAAGUGACUUAGAAAAGGUGACCAAGGCAACUGUGUCAGUGCUAUCCUCGAAUCAUUCUUUACAAUCCUCAUUACUAGAACCAUAUAACUCAAUAUUGACACUCAAAUACCUCAAGGAAAAAGCUGAUAUGUCCAUAAUGUUAGAAAAUUAAGCUUUAUAUAAGGUGGCCAACCAAUAAUUAGAUAUAGACAAUCCAAAUUUUUCAACAAUUAACAGAAUGAUAGCCUAAUUAAUAUCAUCAGUUACCUAAUCUUCUAGGUUUAAUGGAUCAAAAUUCGUUGAUUUAAUUGAAAUGAGAAUGAAUGUUGUCCCAGAUCCUGAUUUCUAAUUUCUACAUGCAUCAUAUGCUCCUUUCAUUAACAUUGAUAAACAAAAUACAGAAUUAACUAAUUUGCAAUAGAUUACAAACUCAUUAUUCGAUGAAAGAAGUUCAUUCAUUAAUUGCGAUCACAAAAAUGUCAAAUAUUUGGCUGCCAAUCUGUUUUUCAGGGGAGAUUGUCCUUGGGGUGAAGUUAAAGGAGUAGUAGAAUCUAUUAAGCAAUCUCCUAAUAUAAAAUUUGCAGAAUUUGCUGUUCCUACAUAUCAAAUUGCCAUUAGUGAUAAGGCACCUGUUCCAUUCCCAUAUAGUGAGUAAGGUAGAUCAAACAAGGCUGUUUGUAUGAUUGCCAAUUCUUCUGCUAUUGAAACUCCCUUAUUUAGAAUUAAAAGGAAUGCCAGGAGGCAAUAUUCUAAACGAAGUCAUGUACAUUGGCUAGUCGGAGAAGGAAGAGAAGAAGGAGAAAUUUCAGAAGCACUUGAGAUAGUUUAGUCCUUUCUAAAAAAUUAUAAGGAGGCUAAUUAUGAAAAUCCUGAUAAGGAUUAUUGUACAAGAGUUCAACAUGGAACAGAUUAUAUUAGGUAAUUUGUUUACACUUGUGAUUGUUUGGAUGUUGAAGGCUACAUCAAAAAUGGCAUAGAAAAAGGUGAGGAUAUGGAAGGUAAAUACCUGGGAGUUUGUGUUUAAUGUGCAAAAAAGUGCCACGUUGGACACAACCUCAAAGUUAAAGGAAUUGAAAAUGAGUUCUUUUGUGAUUGCGGAUUAGAAAAUUGUAAAGUCAAAUGUCAAUGUCAGAAAGAAGAAGCAUAAGGAUAAGAAGAAUAAUAAUAAUAAUAAUAAGAAUAAGAGAAAAAUUGA